CGUCUCUGAAAGUUUAAAAAGGCGAGAACCAAUGUGUGCCAUUUACGCCAUUUGCGAGAAGAAACCCAGCUCCAGAGUGAUUCUCUGCUGCUCGUCUCUUUCCCUUCCUUUUAAAAUUUCUUUUCUCCAAGGGCAAGGCACGAAGAGAACAAGAGUUUACCUAUUUUGGAAGAGGAAAGAUCGAAUCAAUGGCUGAGGAAUUCGGCAAAUCCGUGGAGGAUGGGCUCAAGCUCUCCAAGCGUUUGUACUUCGGCAAGGACAGGGCUGUCGCUCCGCCUAAGCCGCAUGUUCACAUGGAGAAAUCGGCUGAAAGUCUCCUUCCAACGGCACCCAUGGUUUACGCAGUCAUAUCGGAUCCCGCUAUCGUGGAUAACCCGGAUAUUCCCAGCUACCAGCCGCACGUGUACGGCCGGUGUGAUCCGCCCGCGCUCAUUCCGCUCCAGAUGAACCGGAUAGAACUUGAGUCGGAUUCUUAUUUGGACUCCGUUAUUGUUCGCCUAAGCGGUUCCUGGCGGGUCCAUUGCGUUAUGGGCAGCAAUUGCUGUGAUUGCCGUAUUGCGAUUCCUAUGGGCGAGCAGGGUUCAAUUCUAGGUGUUGAGGUGGAAGUUCCUGGAAAGUCUUAUUCCACUGAAUUGAUCGCAGUGGAUGGUCAGAAAGAUAUGGAAAGGGAAGGCCGGCCCGAAAAUGGAGGCUUUUUGAAGCCUCAUAUAUUUACCCUGACAAUUCCAAAAGUUGAUGGAGGCACCAGUCUUUCCAUAAAAGUUAGUUGGAUACAAAAAUUAUUAUACCGCAAUGGAGAGUUCUCACUGAUCGUGCCAUUUAGUUUUCCAGAGUAUGUCACUCCCGCUGUAAAGAAACUACCCAAAAAAGAAAAGAUACAAUUGAAUGUGAACUCUGGUACUGGAACUGAAAUUGUGUGCAAGACGACUAGUCAUCCUUUGAAGCAAUUAAAACGUGAAGCAGGGAAGUUGGGUUUCUUGUAUGAAUCAGAAGUUCUCAAUUGGACAGAUAUUGACUUUGCUAUCUCAUAUUCUGUCUCUUCAAGUCAUAUAUAUGGCGGUGUGAUUUUGCAAUCCCCAACUGUGCAAGAUUUCGACCAAAGAGAGAUGUUCUCCGUCUAUCUUUUUCCAGGAGAACAAUUCAGUGGGAAGGUGUUCAGAAAAGAGAUAGUAUUUGUUGUUGACAUAAGUGGAAGCAUGGAAGGAAAGCCACUUGAGGGUACAAAGGAUGCAUUGUUUGGAGCCCUCACCAAACUUGAUUCAAAAGAUUCUUUCAAUAUUAUAGCUUUUAAUGGAGAGACUUAUUUAUUUUCUCCAUCGAUGGAGUUGGCAACUGCAGAAACAGUUGAAAGGGCUGUUAAGUGGAUAAAUCUAAACUUUAUAGCAGGGGGUAGUACAAAUAUUUUGCUUCCCCUAAAUCAGGCGAUGGAAAUUGUAUCAAAUACUCAAGGUUCAUUUCCUGUCAUUUUCCUUAUCACUGAUGGGGCUGUUGAAGAAGAAAGACACAUUUGUGAUUUAAUGGAAAGUCAUCUAACUGGCAAAGGAUCACUAUGUCCACGUAUAUACACAUUUGGCAUAGGUACAUAUUGUAAUCAUUAUUUCCUGCGAAUGCUUGCAAUGAUUAGCGGGGGGCAAUAUGAUGCUACAUAUGAUGUAGAUUUAGUUCAAUCUCAAAUGCAAAAGUUGUUUGUUAAAGGUCUAUCUACCAUUCUUGCAAACAUAACAAUUGACGCAUUUGAUGAUCUUGAUGAUGUUGAGGUGUACCCCUCCCGUAUCCCAGACUUUUCUUCUGAAGGCCUGUUAAUUAUUUCUGGGAGAUAUCAGGGAAAUUUCCCUGAAACUGUUAAAGCUAAAGGUAUUUUAGGAGAUUUGAGUAAUUUUGUUAUGGACUUGAAGAUACAAAAGGAAAAAGACAUGCCUUUUGACAGGAUUUUUGCAAAGCAACGGAUUGAUCUACUCACAGCCCAGGCAUGGUUUUCAGAAAACAAACAGCUUGAGGAGAAGGUUGCCAAAAUGAGCAUACAAACAGGUGUUGUGUCUGAAUAUACUCGGCUGGCAUUACUUGAGAGUCAGAGAGCACAUCAUGCCAGUGAAUCACCUAGAGCGCACAAGUUAUCACACAAGACUGAUUCUCCGAAUGUGGAUUCUCAAGGCCAGAGAAGAAUAUUGUUACCAAAUCUUGGUGUUGGCUUUGGCAAUGUGACUGCAACUGCAGAAAACAUUCAUCCUGGAGUUGAAGAAACAAAGCUGCCUGAGGCAGCUGAAAUCAUCAUUAAGGCAGCUUCAAAUUGUUGUGGAAGUAUGUGUAAUAAAUGCUGUUGUAUGUGCUGCAUCCAGUCUUGCUCCAAGAUGAACGACCAAUGUGCGAUAGCAUUAACACAGCUCUGCGUUGCUCUUGCUUGUUUUGGCUGCCUAGAGUGCUGUUCACAGCUGUGUUGUUGUGGAAAUGAAGGAAACUAAAAAUUAUACAUCAAAUAUUUUUAUUAAACAACUUAUAUUUGAUAUACGGUGUAUGAUAGAGAUUUGUUUAAAGCAUUCAUUCUGCCUCAAACGGCUUCUUGUACAAAAAUCAACUACUGGUAUUGAUAAAUCAGGAAAUCAGGGCCACCUGCUGUAACAGUUCGCUUUAAGUUCUCGUGUAUCAUACAUUUCAAUGAUUUUACAUUAGAAAUUAUGAGAUGCUUGAUUGGAUUGGAUGA